AUGGCGCCAUCGCCCAGGACCAGCAGCCGGCAAGAUGCGACCGCCCUGCCCAGCAUGUCCUCAACUUUUUGGGCGUUCAUGAUCCUGGCCAGCCUGCUCAUCGCCUACUGCAGUCAGCUGGCCGCCGGCACCUGUGAGAUUGUGACGCUAGACCGCGACAGCAGCCAGCCGCGGAGGACGAUCGCCCGGCAGACGGCUCGCUGCGCGUGCAGGAAGGGGCAGAUCGCGGGCACCACCAGAGCCAGGCCCGCCUGCGUGGACGCACGAAUCAUCAAAACAAAGCAGUGGUGUGACAUGCUCCCUUGUCUGGAGGGGGAAGGCUGUGACUUGCUGAUCAACCGGUCAGGCUGGACGUGCACGCAGCCCGGCGGGCGGAUAAAGACCACCACGGGGCCUUAUAACCGGAGCCACCCCUUGUAUCAGGAUUGGACCUGGAUCCUAGCGUUCCUGAUCCCAAACCAGAGGCUCCAGAAUGCUUUCUUCCCUGCCGGAGGAGGAAACAACACAGCUUGUCCAUAAUGAGGCAGCUCAACAGAAAUAGAAACUGUGGUCCACCAGGACCCAGCCCCCCUCAGAACCCCACCACGCUGGGACGCAGCCUGGUGCAGACUUUCUAGAAACUUCUCUCAGAAGACAGACUCCAAGAACGAGUCAUGAGCCAAAGAAAAUAAAUAAAUGGCUGUAAAGAUAGACAUAAUUUUCCCACAUCAGAAUAAAGAAACAGUAUUUUUUUUUAGAAAGAGAAGCUAGACCAUUUAGCUACACAAUAAAUCUGUAUUAUUACAGCCAUCAGCUUGCCUAAAGUAAGGACACUCCAGUCUGCUUGUCUAUAAAAGCUAAAUAGAACACACAAACCUUCCCCCAGAGGGCCCCGGCAGCUCCCGCCCAUCCUCCCGCAGCUCUCUGCCUCAUGGCACAGAAGGGCUGCACUGUCUGUGCCGUCCCACAUCACUUGAUGCCCUGGUUCGAGCAGUCCGCUGCCUGGCCCCCGGUCCCUCACGUCCAGGUGCUGCAUCCUAGUGGUGACUGAGUGGCGAAUGCUUUCAUGGUGAGGAGAGGUGAGAUGCCUGGAUCAGCCCGGCUGCACCCAGAGCUGGUAUCUCAUCUUCGGGCUCCCUGCUCAGACCCAGAAAGUCUAAGAAGCAGCUUACAACAGGUGCGGGGUGCGGGGCUUGUGGUGGUUCUGGCCGUCCCCAGGUUUAUCCUAAGCUCUUGCUCUCAGGUCUCCUCCCUCUCGUUCUGCUGGGACCCCCAUGUCAGCGCUGAGCCCCUGUCUGGCACUUGCUGUGCCCUUGUCCCUUUAUCCCCUGAGGCUCAGUCACCCUAUGAUCUGUGGCAGCAGCCUCGCCCCGGGUGAGCGGGCACUGAAUCCGCUCCUGUCCUCCGACCCGCAGGUCCCGCUUUGCGAGGGGGAGGUCAGUGAGCACCCAGACAUGCCGACCCUUUACACUUCGCUCCAGACGGCCCUCCCAGCCUUUGCUGGCUCUCCAUCAGCCCAGCGAGGGCUGCGGUCUGUCUCCUCAGGCCCUGGGAGAUGAGUGGCUUCGGGUGAUCGAAGCCAGGUGGAGGCUUUGUUAGCCAGGGACCCCAGGAGGAGAGACCCACUCCGGCCGGUGCUGAGGCUGCAGGGCAGAUGUGGUCCCCCGAGCCCUCACCAAGGGCUGCGGUGUGAGGAUGGAAGGAUGGGGCUCCCGGGGUCAGACCCUGCGUGUCCCCGUUGGCUGUGCCGCCCUGGGGCUUCCAGACUCGGGCCCUGGCGGGGCCGCAAAGGUAGUGAUGCACAGAGCCGCCUGUCUGCUCUGCCUGGUGCAGGGCAGGGCUCGCCACUUCACGCUGCUUCCUAAGCACAAGGGGACGUGUCCUGAGGCCACAGGGCAGGGACGGAACUGCCCCUCCGGCUGAGAGGGCCCUCGGCACCCCACCCAGGCUUCCCCUGUCCACCUGCCCCGCUCCAUCCCCUCCCAGCUUCUCUCCUACCUGGCACCGUCGUGGCCUGGCCCUUCAGAACUGGCCCAGCAAGGUCCCGCCAGGCACUGUCCCCAGCCCUCAGCCCUGCAGAUUCCCCAGAGCGUCAUGGGCCGGGCAUGUUCCAUAUCAUCAGGGCUGUGCUCCCUGUUUGGGGGCAGUUCACGUGACCUUGCUGUGCUGUGGGCUCCAGGAGACGAGACCCUCCACUCCUUGCCUACUAAGGACCCCUAAAUAUCAGGAGGUGGCGUAGUUGUCAUUCUUCUUGGCGUUUAGCAGCCCCUAGAUGGGGGCAGAGGAGUGAUGGAGAUUGGGUGGGGGGGCAGAGGUCCUUAGAAGCAGCCGCAGUGACAAGACACAGGUGCGUCUGGGGCAGCUGGGCUGGUGCUCGAGGGGCGGGGGAGGGACUGGGGCCCUGCUCUCUCAAUCUGGGCAUCCUCAGACCAGGCCUUGGCCCUCGCGCUGCCCGCCCCCACUUUGUCCCCGGCCCCGCCGUUCGAGGUGCCGCAUCUCUCUGUCCCGUCUCCCCACCUGUGCGCUAGACGCCAGUGCGAGUUUUCUCAGGGCCUUGGGUCUCCAGGUGGCCGGUCAUCUCCUCCCUCACAGCAGGGCAGAGGAGGACGUGUCUGAGCAGCCAGGGCACCUCUGCAGACGAUCGUGUGCCCUCCCUCCUCGGGCGUCUGGGACAUCCCAGGCUCAGGAGUCAGUUAACCGCACUCCUCGGGUGCGAACUGGCCGGAUAAGGUCAGGAAAUGGUCCCAGAACCUCAAUCACGUGGCUGGGCAUGGAUGGGAUGAUGUACAGCCUUUCCAGAAGCUUCUCCCCGGGUUGUUUUUACUCUCUCCGUGGUAGCAGCCUUCAUGGUCAAGCUCUCUCGCGCAGGCCAUGGUCAUCUCACUGCCCCGCAGUUUCUACGUCUCCGCUGUCUGUUAGAACCUUUUGUUCGGGGCUUUCAGCUCAGAACAUUGUGCUCUUUAAACAGGAGACUCAGCCUGACCCCAAAGGCAAAUGGAAACUUUUAGAGGAAGAGGGAAUAUCGCUCAGGGGACUCACAGGGCUGGAAGGUUUCCUUUUAUUUUAUAAACGAUGCUUUUAUAGCGUCCAAAUACCAAGAAAAACCUCCUCGUCACCUCCUUGGCCGGCGGGAAGGACUGCCCUGGACGGGAACCCUGGCCGUGUCCACAGCUCCGUCCUCAGACCAAACACUCCCUGGGCUCUCGCCACAGACUGAGAGGCUCUGUCCACUGAGCCCGGUGACCGCAGGGGACGCGGGCAGUGCUGGGCGGGCUCCUGUGUCAGUUUGUCCAGCGUGCAAGGUUAGGUGACCCUGAGACCAGCUCUGUCCACCUCGGGGGCGGAGUCCCAGAGAAAUAGCCGCAGACCCCGAGGAUGCAGCCCAUGACCUUGGGGUGUUGGACGGCCAUGCGCAGAGCUGGAGCCGGCUGAGUGCCGGCUGCUUUCCAGGCCCAGGGACACCAGGGUGUCACACAGAGGCUGCAACCCCAGGACACUCUGGAUCUCCGCACACCAGGAGAGCAGCGGCACUGGCCACCGGGAUUCAGGAAGCUGGGUGCAGCUCCCAGAAAGCCCCUCGGUGGGGAGAGCAGAGUUGAGAACAGCUCCCUGGCAGCAAAAGUGGGGUGUUGGAGCCUUGUCAGUCACCUGGGACCGGCCGCUUUGCCUCCCUGGGCCUCUGUUCCCACUGGGGUAGAAGGUCCUAAAGCCAUGCGGUCAAAGGGUGUCUGGGCGAUGUUGCAUACGAAGCCAUGGUCAGCAGGACAGGGGCUCAGAGAGGGUGUCACUGCCCAGUUCAGAGGGGAGGGAGGUGACCCCGGCCCUGAAGGAACCCACGGGGGUUUGGGGAGACCCCCAGUGCAGUGACAGGUCUGACCCAUGAGAAAUGUAUAACCAGGACGAGCAGGUGCCCUCCGGGAGGCCAGCUCUGGCAAAGCUCAGGGCCCUCCAAGGAGCCGGGGCCCACGUCAAGUUUCUUGACCAAGCUCAGCUCGGGGUUGGAGUCACAGGGCUGCUUAGUGGGACUGUCCAGGGGGCCAGUGGAGCAGGGAAACCCCUACACGGGAGCCUUCACCAGGGAGGGGGAGGACGUGGCCACAAGGAUGCCACCUGCUGACCUGGGGCAGCGUCCUGGGCCCUCAGAAGCACAGAUGGGAGAGGGGACCCCAGGUUGGAUGCCCUCUCCAGAGACAGGGAUCCAGCAGGGCCCUCAUGACACAGCCCAAGCAUCUGGCCAGGUGGCUGUCAUGGUCCCGCCAGGCCCGGGGUCCUUGUCACUGGCCCUGCGCAGGUGGGAGGUAAGGGCCACGUGGAUGAGACAUGACUCACUUCACAUGGGUCAUCCCUGGGGCUCAGGAUCCCAGGCGGCGUGGGGGGCAGCCUGCAGGAGAGCAGGGGCUGCUUCCUGGGUGUCCCCGGGGUCUGGCCGAUUGUCUUGAGAAGACGCUCCCUGGGGAAGGGCGCUGGAGACCAGUGGGCCGCUUCCCAGCACGGGAACGUCCUGCCGCCUGCAGGGACCAGCCCAGCGCUGGUUUUCCAGUGAGCUGUGAGGGCCAGCACGGGGCCCUGAGCGGGGACCCCUGUGAGGCCCGACGUGGGCCUCGGCCGUGUGCUUCCCCAGCUGGAAACGCUUCUCUGAGGCCAGAAGGGCUCUGCUGGCUUCUGCAAAGCCUGUGUGGCUCUGCUGGAGCUCGUCCUGGCCAUUCUGACGACUUUUCUGGGCUGCAAACCCGACUUCCAGGCCUCUUCUCUGGUCCCGAGGCCUGGGGACGAGCUGGCAGCCAGCACUCGGCUGUUGGCUGGGUCGGGACUUGGGUCCCAUCCGAGCACAGCCGCUGCGGACAUCAGGCUGCCUCCUGUCUGUUCCUGAAGGCCAGGCAGGUGCCGGGGGUCUGACAACAGAGGCCUCAGAGAGUGUCUGAGCUCUGGCCGGGGGGGUCCGGUGACAGCCCACCCUCUCCGGGCAGCUCUGGGCCUGCCUCCCUCCCCACUUAGCCUGGGCCUGGUAGGAGAAGGCAGCAGACAUCCAGGGCUCGGAAGUUAGCUGGACGGGCCUCUGUGUCCCUCCAGACCCGCUGGGCUCAGGGGUUCUGUCUCUAGGCUGGCCUGACUGGGGGAACUGGCCAGAGCAGACAGGGGCCUGUAUCCAGCCCUCCCCACCCACCCACCUGGGGCAGGAAGUGCCAGAGGCCAGGGUGCGUGCAGGAAAGUGGAGACACCCCCCCCCCCCAGGAUGGGGGACCUACGGGGGCAAACACCUGUGACUGUAAGAAAUCACUGGAACGUAUGUAGUGACUGCAUUGCUUCAAGCCGCGAGGGCUUCCUCACGAAACAUCAGCCGUGCUUACUCCCCCCAAACGAAAACCUCCGUGUGUGUGAUGCACCAUGAAUGAAAGCUAAGGGUGGACCAAGCUGGGAGGCAGGCCUACAGUAAACGUGCCCAGGACUCUCCCUGGCCUGUGCACAUGGGCGCAGCUGAGAUUAUACAUGCAAUCUUGUUCGGAUCAGUAAGAAAUACAAGACCUGAGCAGAUGAACUGACAAGACGGGCCGGUGCGAGUGGCCGGGGACCACGUUGGCAAGAUUAUUCUACUCCUCUGGUCGUCAGGAGAAGUGAAGAUGAGCCCUCAACCAAAUCCUGCUUCUCUUCUGUCGAAUUAAGGCGGACGUGAAGCCUCUGUCAUCUCAGCUCGCAGACGACGAGAAGCAGCCCCCCAGGCAGGGAGCGGGGGGCACUGAGACAGCCCGGGUCCCUGGGAGUCCAUCCAGUGGGGGCCCCGUGAGCACGUGUGCAGCCCAGGAAUUGCCGAUCGCACAGACCAGGCUGCCGACCUGCUCUCACAAACAGUGCAAACGUUCACGCGGAACCCAGCCCUCAUCGUACACUUGGAUAUGUUCUAAAGGGUGUGAAGGAAAUACACUAAAUUUAUCCAAAUAUCUUCUGAUAUGGAAACGUGGAUGGAUUUUUAUUUUCUUUUUAUACUCAUGUGUUUCCCCGUUUCUCUACAAAUAAGAAUUUAUACAAUUUUGUAGGUAGAAAAAGUAGAAUCAGUGCAUCCUUUCUUGGUUAACCCCUCAGGUGCCGGUGAGUGACUGUGCUGGACGGUCUCCGUCGUGGACGUGGCUAGACAGAUCGGGGAGGGGAUGGCUGCCACGUGCUAUGGUCAGCAGGGCGAUGGACCUGGACGGGCGGGCCUGCAAGGUCCGAGUGAGGCGAGGGUCACCACCACUCCUGGACUCCUGGGUCAAGCAUGUCAUGCAAGGAGGCCUUUGCCAUACUUGGGAAGGCUGGGGCUGGAGGCGUCCACUGGGGUCAGGGUCAGGGCUCCUGGGCCGAGAUCAGCAGCUGGCCAGAUGUGGAGAGAGCUCUGCAGCUAGGACCCUACGGCAGUCGGAACGGUAACCCCCCCCUCGUGCCCUGGCUCUGCUCCCUGUGCCCUCCCGCUUCUGGGCUGGGCUCAGGCAGCGGAGACAGAGCGAGGGCUGAGCCCACGUGCACCCACAACUGCACGUGGAGGUUCUCUCGGGCCCCUGCCACUUCCGGACGUGUGCUCGCUGCCUUGGGGUCCCCCAGCGGCCCUGCUUCCACAGCCCCGUGGGGGCCCUAGUCCUGCCGAGAGGGUGGGCGCCUGCCAACCUGGAGCCUCAGGCAGCCUUGAGUCCCUUGGGGCUGGGGGCAGAGAGCUCUGACCCUCCCUGGACACCCUCAGCUCUGGUCCAGCUCUGCCAUCAACCUGCUAGGUGUCCUUGGGCCUGAAACACCUAAAUCCAGUUAACACCCCCUCACCACUGAUGCGUUCGGGGCGCCCGCGUGUGCGGGCUCCACACAGAGCUGGGGAGGAGACAGCACGGUCCGGCGGGGGCCUCAGGGAAACCUGAGGUUCUCAAAGCUGCUCCUUUGAACCCUGUGCCGGCCUCGGGGUUCCAGGGCCACGGGCUUGGAGGAGGGGGGCUAAGCUGAGUCCUGUCUGGCAGGUGCCCUUCCUCCUGGCUCCUGGCUGCUGUCUGGGAGAGCAGGUGGAGAGCAGGGUCCCUGCAGGGGCUCUGAGUGCAGUGUCGAGGCGCUGUCAGAACCGGGGUGGGAUGUGCAGCCCAGCCGCCUGGGGAGGGGCCUUGUCUGUCCUGGAGGACGGCAGGCCGGAGGCAGUCAGUCCACAUUCCCCCCGAGCCGGCCACUGAGGGAAGACAGUGAAGACGUGAGCAGCGCUUACCCGGCUCACGGCCCCCAGCGGCUAAUCGCAGUGCAGGACAGGACGGACGGGCAGCGUGAGGCCCUCAGGGUGGGGCCUGGGGAGCGGCCCGUGUGAGCCGGACAGCCUGCACACAGCCCAGCGGCUGAGGACUCAGGAGGAGCCAGGAGGCCGUGGUGUGGUCCGCGUGAGAGGGACAGGGGCCUGUGAUGUGGGCGGGGCCUGGUGGGAGUGUGACCGGGGCCGCAGGCAGGUGGCAAAGGGCCGGGGCUCGGGCCGGAUGGGGUAGACGCGGGACCAGCCCGGAGGCGGACAAGCAGCUGCAGGGAGAGGGGAGGGGCUUUCUGGGGGAGGUCUCCCCAGCACAUCUGGAGAGGCCCCACCCGGGCCAUCACACCCGCUGCGUCCCAUUCCCAUGGCGUGUGUGGGACCCCUAGAACACCGUCCACUCCCUGCAGAGCUGGGCCUGCUGGGAGUCGGUACAGGGAGGUCAGCCCCAUGCGCCUGACCCAGGUCCAGGGUCCUAAAAGGCAGUGGCCACCAGGAUACUGUCUGUGGGACCCCAGGCCUCGGGGUCCCUGCCUCAAAUUGGGGCCACCCUAGGGGAUGAGGGAGCCAGUGGUCCAGCGGGGACAUGGGACGGGAGGCUGCUGGACACAGGUCCCACCACCUGAGGCUGUGAUGCUCUGUGGAAACCACACUCCCUGCUUUCCUGCCUCCGUCACUCUAUAGGUGAUAUCUCCGCUGCCCCAGAGCAGAGGCUGGAACCCUCACAUCACUUCACGGCUGUGAGCUGGCCUGUUGUGUCGCAUCUCCUGGGACUCUGGGGUGCCGGGUGUGGGUGCUUGGGGCCUCAUCAACCAGCAUGAACACCCCAGCUCUGCAGCCUCCCAGGGGCUCUGUGGGGGUGAGACACGCGUGUCUCCAUCACUCUGCCCUGUGCAGUUAUGCAGUGCCUGCUGUGUACAGGGCACAGUGCAAGACACGGUUAGGGAAGCAGUUGGAUGCAACUCAGACCCGAGGCCCUGGCCAGCACGGGGCGGAGGACACGCAGCUCACACUGGCCGCUGACGGAGCUCCAGUGCAUGCCCCCAUCAUGGCCAAGGGCGGGGUCCCACCCAGAGCCCAGAGGAAGGGGGCGCCCCCGGGCUGCCCUCUGUGACAGGCGUAGGGUUCUCCUCCAGCACUGGGGCCCGAGAUCUGGUUUUUGUCCUCGAGGAAGGCUGCUGGCAUCUUUCAAGUGUGCUGUCCGGGCGAGGCCAGCCUCGUGGACGAUCUCUGGGUUCCCGCCAUGCCCGACGGGAACCCUUGGUGUCUGCGGAGGCUGACGGCUCUCUUC